AGCAGCCACAGAGCUGCCUUGAAUUCCAUGCAUGCAGCUAAAGCCCAACCACUUUAGUUCCGCCUGCUGCGUUUCUGUACUUCUUCAUCUCUUUCUUGUUGCAGAUUGCUGAAAUCUUAUAUGAUGAAUUAUUCUUGUUCUUGAGGUUGCUGAAUCUUAGUUUGGAUGCUGAGGAAGAGGAGCAGACCAGUUCAGGAGCAAAGCAAAGGGCACCUCAUGUCUCACGCAGCCUCUGAUGGUGUGGAGAAAAAGAGCUCUUCUAGCUCCUUCCUUCGUGUCCCCGGCUUGCUUGUGGGAUUCACCGGGAAGUGGCCAUCAGACCGUGGUGCAGUAUGGAGCCCUACAUCUCCCCUUGACAAGGCCUUCUCCAGCCCUGGCUCUGGCUCCCCCACACCUGCAGGCACUAAUGGCAGGCUUAAAUGUUGGGACAGCAGCAGCAGGGUUGGCCUUGGCCUCCUUGAUUCUCGCAAUGAGGAUGAGGACAACACGCCAUGGGGGAAGAAGGCCUCAGGGCAUUUUGGCAACAGGAACAUUGUGUUUGGUUUACAGAUGAAGCACAUGAAGAACAACGUCGUCUCCACUCACAAGAAAUCCUUACUCCAUGACUAUGGAAUCUUGUCACAGCCACAUUUUGGAUCACCCAAACCUCAUUCCGUUUCUCCAGGGCUGAAUAUAGAAUCGAAAGAGGUUAAGUUACAUCGCGAAGAGUUUGAAUUUCUGCGGUCCUGUUCCGUCGACACGGGACGUUCAUCUUUGCUUGCUACUAAAUCCUCUAACAAUGUCACAACCCACUUGAAUUCAGAGGCUCAGUCAACCUCCAACUUUGAGAGGGUUUUGGGGUCCCUCCCAAUAUCUUUUGGUUCUUCUCAUGUACUUCUUAGUACACUCUUUGCGAGCGAGAUCGAGCAAUCGGAGGAUUACACUUGCAUUACAUCUCAUGGUCCUAACCCAAAAAUGACUCAUAUCUUUGGAGAUUGUAUACUUGAGAGCCACUUCAUAAGAUCAUCAUCCUUUAAGAAUUCUGAUAGUAAAGCAGAGGAAGAUUCACUAUCAUGCUGUGGCAAUAAAGCUCUAUGCAGCUGCUAUUGCUGUGACCAAGAAAGAUUGAUGGAACAAAAGAUGGAGAUAUUUUCAGAUGGCUCUACAGGUCCAUCAUUCCAUGAGGAGUCAUUGCUUGAUGAGAUGGCUUCGGCUUCACAGGGUGAGCAUUGAAAUUCACAAGGUAAACAGCUAAAUCUUCUGUGAAAUCGACCGUUUGCAGCAUUCAUUUCUUUGUUUCAGAGUACUGUCAAUGGGUUGUAAA